GCCUCCUGCCAGAGGUGCGGCUGAGGCCGGGCUGUGCUCUCCCCAGGGCUCCGCAGUAAGUCAGAGCGGUCGCGGCCUGGUUUCCCUUUCUGCGACUUACGGAUGAGGAGCAGCUGCCAAGCUGCAGGGAACGAUGAGCCCCUGACAAUCGUUGAGUCAGCCUGUAUCCCCGUGGAGGUGCUCCAUAUGCGUCGUCUGACCGCUGCCUGCCUCUGCACGCUCCCUGUGCUUCUGAGCUCCAGCUUUCCUGAGUCUAGUUAUCUCGAAGGCUACAAAGCGUUGUUACUCAUCCAGGCAAGAAAAUAUUUGUGAGUCACUGUGGGUGAUGUGUACUCCAAAGAGUCAGCUCACGUACUAGUGAAAAUCAAAAAGCAUAUAGAACAGUAGGAAUUACCAGAUAUCCUUGAUUUGCAGAAGACGUCUCAAAAUGUUGUGUCGAGCUGCUCUGAGCCCUCUUGUCCGUUCCCCUGGAAGGUGCUUUGUGUUAUCACCACAUGCCAUCGCAGCCAUUUCCCGUUUGUAUCUCCCUCACCGUACCCAGAGAUUAAGAAAUGAAUCCAUCCGUUGUUGGAGCAACAUCCCGUUUAUCACUGUGCCACUCAGCCGUGCACAUGGCAAAUCAUUUGCACACCGCAGCGAGCUGAAACAUGCAAAGCGGAUUGUAGUGAAGCUGGGUAGUGCUGUUGUGACUCGAGGAGAUGAGUGUGGCUUGGCUCUUGGGAGGCUGGCAUCUAUUGUGGAGCAGGUGUCAAUGCUGCAGAAUCAGGGCCGAGAGAUGAUGAUUGUCACCAGUGGAGCUGUAGCUUUUGGAAAACAGCGGUUGCGUCAUGAGAUCUUGCUUUCUCAGAGUGUGAGGCAAGCACUUCAUUCAGGCCAGAGCCAGCUAAAAGAUAUGGCUAUUCCAGUCUUGGAGGCCCGAGCCUGUGCAGCAGCUGGCCAGAGUGGACUCAUGGCUCUGUAUGAGGCCAUGUUUACGCAGUACAGCAUCUGCGCAGCUCAAAUUUUAGUCACCAACUUGGAUUUCCAUGAUGAACAGAAGCGUCGGAACUUAAACGGAACCUUGCAUGAACUUUUAAGAAUGAAUAUCGUCCCUAUAAUUAACACGAAUGAUGCUGUUGUUCCACCUCCAGAGCCAAAUAGUGAUCUGCAGGGGGUGAUUAGUGUGAAGGAUAAUGAUAGUCUGGCAGCACGACUAGCUGUGGAAAUGAAGACUGAUCUCCUGAUUGUUCUCUCAGAUGUAGAAGGACUCUUUGACAGCCCUCCUGGAUCUGAUGAUGCAAAGCUCAUUGACAUAUUCUACCCGGGAGACCAGCAGUCUGUGACGUUUGGAACCAAAUCCCGAGUAGGAAUGGGAGGCAUGGAAGCCAAGGUGAAAGCAGCUCUGUGGGCCCUCCAAGGAGGCACCUCCGUAGUUAUUGCAAAUGGAACCCACCCAAAGAUCUCGGGUCAUGUCAUCACCGAUAUUGUGGAUGGGAAAAAAGUUGGCACGUUUUUUUCAGAAGUAAAACCUGCAGGCCCUACAGUGGAGCAGCAGGGUGAAAUGGCUCGAGCUGGUGGCAGGACCCUGGCAGCUCUGCAGCCUGAACAGAGAGCAGAGAUUAUCUAUCGUCUUGCCGACUUACUAACUGAUCAGAGAGAAGAAAUUCUCUUGGCAAACAAAAAGGACUUAGAAGAGGCUGAAAAUAAAGGAAGACUGGCGCUUCCUUUAUUGAAACGUCUGAGCCUGUCUACAUCGAAGUUGAACAGCUUGGCUAUUGGGCUGCGUCAGAUUGCAGCAUCCUCACAGGACAGCGUUGGCCGUGUAAUUCGGAGAACGCGGAUCGCAAAAGACCUAGAGUUGGAGCAGGUGACUGUGCCUAUUGGGGUCCUUCUUGUCAUCUUUGAGUCCCGUCCUGACUGUCUUCCACAGAUGCUUGAGGAGCAAGUGAGGGUACAAGUGCUUAAAAAGGAAGUGAGACUCUGCCAAAAUCAAAUCCUUCAUCAUCUGACACAAGAAGCACUCUCCAUUCAUGGGAUCAGAGAUGCGGUGCAACUAGUGAACACAAGAGAGGAAGUAGAAGAUCUCUGCCGCUUGGAUAAACUGAUAGAUCUCAUCAUUCCACGUGGCUCAUCCCAGCUAGUCAAGGAUAUCCAGAAAGCUGCUAAAGGAAUCCCAGUGAUGGGACACAGUGAAGGGAUCUGCCAUGUGUAUGUGGACACGGAUGCCACUGUCGAGAAGGUCACGAGAAUAAUCAGAGACUCAAAGUGUGAAUAUCCUGCUGCCUGUAAUGCUCUGGAAACUCUCUUAAUUCAUCGAGACUUGCUGAGAACCCCAUUGUUUGAUCAGAUCAUAGACAUGUUGAGAGUAGAACAGGUGAAGAUUCAUGCUGGCCCAAAGUUUGCCUCUUAUUUGACAUUCAGCCCCUCAGAAGUGAAAUCUCUCCGCACCGAAUAUGGGGACCUGGAGUGCUGCAUUGAGGUGGUGGACAGUGUCCAAGAGGCUGUUGAACAUAUCCACAAAUACGGAAGUUCUCACACUGAUGUUAUCAUCACAGAGAAUGAAAAAACAGCAGAGUUCUUCCUGCAGCAUGUGGACAGCGCUUGCGUGUUCUGGAAUGCCAGCACCCGGUUCUCUGACGGUUAUAGGUUUGGACUUGGUGCUGAAGUUGGAAUUAGUACUUCUCGUAUCCAUGCACGUGGACCAGUAGGAAUUGAAGGACUCUUGACUACAAAAUGGUUGCUGAGAGGGGACAAUCAUGUUGUUUCUGACUUCUCAGAGCAUGGGAGCAUGAAGUAUCUUCAUGAGAGCCUUCCUCUCCCACAGAGAAAUACCAGCUAAGAACGUCUUGGGGGAAACCCAGGAGUGUAAGUGUUUACUGAGGAUGUUCAGGCUUCAGGGCACCCUCUGGGGAGGGAGAUUGUUCUUCAUCUUCAGACACGUUGUUGUUUGUCACUGUGCAGUACGAUGAAUACAAAAUGAUCCCAUCUGUGAGACUUUUUGCUGCCACUUACUCUGCAAAUUACCCUCUUUCUUCGCAGAGGCGGGCUCCUUCGAAACAUACAAAUGGCACAAGGAAAGGUUUAGAUUUCUGUGCAUUCUGUUUUUAGUGCUCCCUGUAGUAAAGUAUGUGUACAAUAUGGUUGGUGGGGUACCAUAAAUUUCUUCUUAAGCCUUUCUGUUCUAUGCAAACAUCUCCUGUCCUGGAGAACAAACUUGAUUGCUUUCUCUUCAGUCUUAUGAUCUUGGCAGCUCUUGAAGGUCUGAAGCUUUGACGCUUAUUUUUCUUUGUAUUUGAUCAUUCUAUGAGUAACGGAAUAGAUCUUCCAAACGCAUAGUAAUGUUUUGACCAAGAAACCUUUUAUAUCGCAUUUAAUUGUUGACUACCGUAGAUGAGUAUCACAACUGUAUAUUAGCUGGAUUUUCUUACCCAUUUGUACUAAAUGGCUUUUCUUAUUGGUUUUAUAUGAAACAUAAUCUCCCCCCACCCCCAACCAAGCAAGACUAUUUUAAAGCUGGGUUUUUCUGGAUAAAGUUGUUUUUAAAAUAUCUUAAAGUGUAGAAUGUGUAGCGGUUGACACUGCUGUAAUUCUCUAAGGCAGCUUCUGCAUGCACACUUUGUCAAGUUAACGGAGGCUAGCGUUAUGUGUGUUCAGACAUUGUUAACGUUGUCACUUUUUACAACCAAUAAGUAACUAUACAUCCCUCAGUGGAUGGAGGGGCCUCUACUUCUAAAAUGCCAAAUAAAAAUUCUCAAUGCUAAAUAGCCAAUGCUUUGCCAUCCUCACCUAAUCUAAUCACAACCUCAGUAAGUAGCUUCACCAGCUUCACUGGUUUUUUGGUUUGUUUAUUUUGCUUAAAUGAGGAGGUGUUUUUAAGUACAAUCCGUUCCAUGAUUUUGGGAACAUACGUGGAAAUAGUUUGUGCUGCCACUUUUUUUAUUCUUGCCUAGUAAAUAUACCAUUUUAAUACAUGCUGUAUGCUAUCUGUUGUCUCACUGGAUGUCAUCUGUGCAUAAAUGAAGACUCUAAGGUUUUUUUUUACUACUUUAAAUGAAGAAUAAUCAAAUGUGACUUGUAGAUCA